GGUAAUCAGUCAUCAAAUAAAGCAGUUGACUGCAGGUCGAUACAGACACUCUCACUGUGGUUUCUGUCACUCAAAGACACAAACACCACUGAUACAGAGUCUGGUCAUGUAUAUCAAGUCCAUACUUUGGAUCCUUCUAUUCAUCUCUGUCCAGGAGGUUUCCCCGCAGGACCAUGAUGUUUAUUAUUAUUAUGAUGAGGAAAUAGAGUCUCUGAAAUGCUCAACCACAGAGAGCAUCAGAGGUGGACACGUCACCUACUCACAGGGAGGGCUGGAGGGCAGUGUGCUGACCUAUCACUGCAGCCAGGGGCAAUACCCUUUCCCAGUCAGCCACAGGCACUGUACUGAGGGGGAGUGGUCGCUCAUGAGAUCAGCCAAUGGCAGGCCGGUGUCACGGGCCAUAUGCAAAGACGUGUUGUGUCCGGCUCAGCUCCAGCUGGAUCACGGUGACAUCUGGCCCAGGGACCAGUGGCUCCGGGUUGGGAUGACGCAGAACUUCUCCUGCCAAGAAGGGUUCACCCUCUACGGGUCAGCCCAGAGGAACUGCACCCUCUCUGGGGACUGGACAGGAACCAGUCCUGUCUGUGACAACCAUGCUGAUGACUGUAAUGACCCAGGGGUCCCACCAGGGGCCCAGAGGUCAGCGGGCCGGUUUCACACUGGAGAGAAGGUUAUCUACCGGUGUCAGACUGGUCUGGAUCUGCUCGGGUCAGCUGAAAGGGUUUGCCUUGAGAACAAGGAGUGGAGUGGCUCAACACCACGGUGCCAAGGUCCAAAUACCUUUGACUCUCCCAGCAUGGUGGCAGAAGCCAUGGCAGGGUCUCUUGCAGGAGUCAUGGAUGUGCUCACACCAGAAUCCAAAAAGAAAUCUGGCAGGGUGUCCUAUGGCCGAACAAUCCGUGUGGCUGAAGGCAGUCGUAUAAAUGUUUACAUUUUACUUGACACAUCAGGAAGCAUCCGAGAGCAGGAAUUUGAAAGAUCCAGGAACGCCACCAUUGCUCUAAUUGAAAAGUUGGACAGCUACGAGGUGCAGCUGAAGUUCCAUGUGUUGUCAUUUGCCAGCGAGGCUAUAGACAUCGUUGACAUUAGAGACUCGGAUGCAAGUGGAGACAUAGACAACGUCAUAUGGAAACUGAUGGAGUUCGACUACAGUAGCCAUGGGAGUAAGACGGGCACCAACCUACACGCUGCCUUGCACCGUGUCAGUGAGCUAAUCAACUUCUUGAAGCAAAGCAGUGCCAAGAACCAUUUUAAUGAGACUCAGAACAUCAUCAUCAUAGAAACAGAUGGUUUCUCUAACACAGGAAACAAACCUCAGAUUGCCUUGGCCAGGAUCCGGAAUCUGCUGGGCUACCGCAACACAUCCCCCGAUCACACAGACGAGUCAUUGCUUGAUGUCUAUGUUUUUGGUAUUGGGGAAGAAGUGAAGAAAGAUCAGUUGAACGCCUUAGCUUCACAGAAACGUAAUGAGAUGCACGUCUUCAUUCUGAAAAACUUCAAGACACUGGGACAGGUUUUCAACAGCAUUAUUAGUGACAAGAGUGUGACCAUGUGUGGGGUGGCUCAGGAAGCAACCUCAGAUGAAAAGAGCACGACAGUCUUCCCCAAUCCAUGGCACGUUACUCUGCAAAUGACUUCAGAUUCGUGUUUUGGAUCCAUUGUGAGCCAGAACUGGGUGCUGACAGCUGCUCACUGCUUUGUCAGAACGAGCAAAGACCCAGUCCGUCAGAAGCCGCUCAUACAACAUGGUGAGGGCACGGUGUCUUCACAGAAUGUGAUCAUUCACCCCAAGUACAACAUCAGGGCACUCAAAACCAGAAACGUUUCGGAGUUCUAUGACUACGAUGUAGCUCUGGUACAGGUAGCCAAGAGCAUCCCGCUCUCCUGGAAAGCCAGACCUAUCUGCUUGCCAUGUACUGUUCCAGCCAGCCGAGCCAUGAAGAAAGUCAACGCUACCUGUCAGCAGCACCGAAAGGAACUGCUACCACACACGGAGACUUCUGCCUUUUUCAUCCAUAAGAACUUGAGACGCAAACAAACACAUAUUCACACAGAGAGUCAGAGGCCUAGCUGUGUGGAGAAGGCAAGGCAAGUACUCAAUGAGCCCACCAAUGUGACUUUGGAUGAGUACAUACCUGACAGAUUACUCUGUUCUGGGGGAUCCUCUAAAUACCAGGAUGCUAUCGUCUGUAAAGGUGACUCUGGUGGAUCCCUGUUUCUGCAAAAAAAAAAACGCUACUUUCAGGUGGGAGUAGUGAGCUUUGGCACCAUCAACGUAUGUGACCUAAGUAACCCAGAGAUGAGACGGUACAGCAGUGACAGGCCACCUCCUGAUGCUCGAGACUUUCACAUCGACCUGUUUAAGAUAAUGCCGUGGCUGAAACAGCAUCUGGGUGCAGAGAUCCAGUUCCUGCCUGAGUUUGACUGAGAAUAAUCAAUCAGUCAAUCAAUCCGAGAUCUCUUUGGAUUAAACCAUAAUAAUGGCAUGCAGAAUUCAAAAGAGAUUUCCAAAACUUUAUUUUCAAAUGGAAUACCAUAGUCAUGUUGCAGUAAACUUACCUGUAAAAUGGAGAUGUUUUUAAUCAUCAAAUCAUACAAAACAUAAAAAAGUAAUUAUUCUUA